GCGGUCAUACUGCCAGCUGUCCCUAUUAUUUAAUAUAGGCACAUUAAUUUUGGCACAUUUCAUUUUUGGAGAAACUUCAAUAAAAUAUCGAAACACAAAAUGGCCAAGAGCCCGGAAUCAAUUGCACUGGAGCAGCUUGACAAGGAUCAGAUGAAGACGUUCUCCGACUUCCUGAUGUCCUACAAUAAGCUGUCCGAGAUGUGCUUCACAGACUGCGUGCGAGACUUUUCCUCACGGGUCGUGAAGGAAUCGGAGGACAAGUGCUCGCUUAACUGCAUGGAGAAGUACCUGAAGAUGAACCAGCGCGUCUCGCAGCGCUUCCAGGAGUUCCAGGUGAUCGCCAACGAGAAUGCCCUGGCCAUGGCCCAAAAGACUGGCAAACUUUAGAUGGUUUUUAAAUUCUAGCCUAACUAGUUUAGAAUGUUGAGAGAUGAUGCAUUUUUGCUGCAUUUGUCAAAAUAGCUGAGUAAAGGACGAUUUGAAGAUGUUA